GAGGGCGCAUGCACACCGAUGGCCCUGGGUCGCCAGUGUGUUCACGGGCCCUCCUCGCCAGGAGUCCAGCUUCUCCGCUGCGGCGCCGCCGCCCGCGCGGCGGCGCUUGCAGCCGAGCAGCGAGAGCCAGAGGGCCACGACGCCCAUGUUCGCCUCGGCGACCACUCCCAGUCUGGCCCGCAUCCCACGUGGAGGCACGCGUCCAUGUCCUGUGCGAGGAAGGCGAAGAAGGCCGCGGACGCGCCCCAGCAGGCGAGGCACGCGCACGCAGCCGCGCUGCCCACGCGGGGCGCCCGCGCGGCCGCGGCCGCCCCGCCCGGCGGGGCGCGGCGGCAGCAGGAGCGCAGCCUGCACGCCGUCCAGCAGGAAGGGCACGCCGGAGAGCGCGCUUGCCAGGAAGAGACAGCCCGCGGCCCAGCGGGGCGGCUUGCCCUUGAAGGUGACCGCGAUCCAGGCUAG